UAUUUGGUUCCGCCAGUCACACUUUGUCCCCUGAGCCCCUGUACGAUGUAACCCGGCCCGGGCCGGGAUGCUGUUACUUGGCUACGAGCACCCCCAGGACAUGGAUAGCCAGGCCUUGGUCAUCCGCAUCCGUAUUCCUGAUGGCGGCGCCGUGGACUGGACCGUGCAGCCGACCACACAGCUGCUGUUUCGGGAUAUCCUGGAUGUGAUUGGCCAGGUCCUCCCUGACGCUACAACUACAGCAUUUGAAUAUGAAGACGAAGAUGGUGACCGGAUUACUGUCAGGAGCGACGAAGAGAUGAAGGCUAUGUUGUCAUAUUACUGCAACAUGGUCCUGGAGCAGCAGGGUGGCAGCCUUUUGAUUGAGCCUCUGCAAAUCUACCCACGUGCCUGCAAGCCUCCCGGGAAGCGGAACAUACAUGGCCUCAAGGUGAACACCCGGACGGGAUCAUCCAGCAACUGCAGCCCCUCAGUGUCGGACAGUUUACCCAGCAAUAGUCUUAAGACAUCUUCGGCAGAACUUAAGAAGAUUUUGGCCAAUGGACAGAUCAAUGAACUUGACAUCCAGAACCGUGACAUUCUUGGUCAUGGAAAUGGAGGCACUGUGUAUAAGGCAUACCAUGUACACAGUGGGAAGAUCCUGGCAGUGAAGGUCAUCCCAUUAGACAUUACUGUGGAGCUGCAGAGACAGAUUAUGUCAGAGCUGGAGAUUCUGUACAAGUGCGACUCUCCAUACAUAAUCGGCUUUUAUGGGACAUUUUUUGCAGAGAAUCGAAUUUCUAUCUGUACGGAAUUUAUGGAUGGUGGAUCCCUAGAUGUAUACAGAAAGAUUCCAGAACAAGUUCUAGGAAGGAUUUCUGUUGCUGUGUUGAAAGGACUGACCUACCUCUGGAGCUUAAAGAUUUUACACAGAGAUGUGAAACCAUCCAAUAUGCUGGUAAACACCCGUGGCCAAGUGAAGCUAUGUGACUUUGGAGUUAGUAUACAGUUGGUGAAUUCUAUCGCCAAGACCUAUGUGGGCACAAACGCUUAUAUGGCGCCGGAGCGGAUUGCUGGAGAACAAUAUGGAAUUCACUCUGAUGUUUGGAGCUUGGGAAUCUCCUUUAUGGAGCUCGCACUUGGGAGAUUCCCGUAUCCUCAGAUUCAGAAAAACCAUGGCUCUUUAAUGCCGUUCCAGAUAUUGCAAUGCAUUGUUGAUGAGGAUUCUCCAGUUCUUCCUGUGGGAGAAUUUUCUGAGCCAUUUAUCCAUUUCAUAACUCAGUGUAUGCGGAAACUACCAAAAGAGAGACCCGCUCCAGAAGAGUUAAUGGGUCAUCCGUUCAUCGUUCAGUUUGAUGAUGGCAACACGGAGGUGGUGUCGAUGUGGGUUUGUAGGGCGUUAGAAGAGAGACGGGCACAGAACAACCAGGAGUGAGAAGGCCUCACCAGGAUGGAGCAAGUCAGACCAUACACGUGGACUAGCUCAGCAGAGCUAGUGUCAUAUACACUGUGAGCAGGAACCUGUUCUUUGCUGAACAACCCGUCAUGCAGUAUACAGGGUGGGUUCAGUGUGGCCGGCUAGUAAUAUAUUCCACAUGCAUCGAGUGCCUGAAGAAGACGGCUCAGGACCGUGGAAAUACAGACCAACAGUGUUAAUCAUUGCAGCUAGGUAGCUCUUGAAAUAUCCAAUGCAUUGUAAGCAGGGCGGGUAAGAAGAUUGGGACUUAUCUAUAGAUGAAAAGCAGCUUCACUUGUUGUUUAUUACUGCGUCUUCCAGGACUUACUACAAAAAGUGCCAUAUGAAUACAGGCCUCAGGAGUAUCUUCUUUGCUUGAACAUAUGACAAUGACAGGUUGUAGGUGACAAGUGUAAUCUUAUUGCAGUGACUCUGGUGCCACCAUGCACUCCUCAGUAAUAUAUUAUUGUCUUGCACAUACCUGAUUUUUUUUUUUUCUGUCUAAUAAACUUUUUUACAGAUG